UUUAACAAUAGAAUAAUGCGAAAGGUUAUGAUUCGCGGUGGAUGGACUGCCCGAUGCCAACUUCUAUGUAUUCGUUGUCUGAGAAGGUUGGCGCCCGUCGCGUCAGCCAAGCAACGAUGAUCUCCGCGAGGGCACAGAGACCCUGAAUUCGAGAAGACGAUCACCUCCCCAUUCAAUUCGGGACUCCUGCUCGCCCGCCCUGCUACCCACUCCAUGCGCUGCGUAACGGCAUGGAGACCGCCCAAUUGCCUCGUCCGGCAGACGUCUACGCCGCCACCUCGGUUGCUGAGAUACACGCUGCUCUGGCGCAUUUACAGCUUCGGGAGGCCACGGUGACCCAACGCCUCAACGAUCUCAUUGCAUCGCAAAAGGACCUUUCCCGUGAACUCGGCCGCCUGGACCUGUUGCGAGCGCAUCUUGGUACACAGGCCGUCAAUACGCGUGCAAUCAGCAAUGGCAUGCUUGCCGAUGCCGCCUCGACCGCCUCCCGCAUCUCCACCGCCGUGAAACGCCUCGACCACGAACAGUCCAAUGUCAAGGCAACGCUUGAGGUGGUUGAACAGGUUGCGGAGCUGAAGGCAUGCGUGCUGGGUGUUCAUGGGUCAAUGGGGGCGCCGCAGGAUUGGGAGACGGCUGCAGGAUAUUUGCAUCGAGCUUCGAAGAUUCCCGACGACGUCGUCAACGGAAGCUUUGCAGAGGAGAUUGUGCCCACUGCAGAGGUGCCCGACCCCCCACGGGUCACUCUAGAUGCUGCUGCGGAAUCACUAUGUGGCUUGUUCCUUCGAGAAUUCGAGAAAGCAACACGAGAGGGGGAUGGUUCCCGAGUAACGAGAUUCUUCAAGCUGUUCCCCUUGAUUGGGAGAACGGACGUAGGCCUCGAUGCAUAUGGACGCUACGUGUGCCAGGGAGUAGCAUCAAGAGCGAGGACAAACUUCAAUUCAGCACCCGCUGCGCAGAGGAAAGAGGGGUACUUCUAUGCCAGCACUCUUACAAAACUUUUUGAGCACAUCGCCCAGAUUGUUGACGGCCACGAGCCACUUGUGGAACGACAUUAUGGUCCGGGAAUGAUGGCAAAAGUAAUUGAGCGUCUCCAGAUCGAGGCGGAUGUCCAGGGCGGAAUCAUCCUGGACACCUGGCGGGAUGAACGUGCGAUCGAUCGGAAGCUGACAGAUAUCAAAUCUUACGCGUUUUCCUUCCUUGUGCAAAGCUAUUUGCCCUCGCAGAAGCCAGCUACCGGAAUUCCACGCUCGGGCUCGCCAGCUAACGCUGCAGCGCGGUCCAGCGAAGACGAGGGGGUGAACAUGAAAGAAGUGGACAGCAUACUUGGAGAAAGCGCUGUCAUGCUGGGUCGCUGGGCUUUGUAUGCGCGGUUUAUCUCCUCGAAAUGUGCACCCAGAGAGUCGCCAGACCCCCCAGGGAUUGAUCAUGGCUUAACUUUGCCUCCAUUUCUCGCUACGAGUAAUCUGAUCAACAAAGUGGCCACACACCUCAUAGAACCGUUUAAUAACAUGACAACCUUUCUCUUCCGGCGAUCUGUAGAGAAGGCCUUUCAACUGGACGAGUCGCCAUCCGACCUCAACCUCAACCCGAAUAAACCUCUGGGCGCAAACCCUCCCUUUAUAACUUCCGCUGUGGAUGAUGUCAUGUACAUUGUCAAUCAGGUCAUACAGCGCUCCUUAGCCACUUCCCAACGAGCCGUCGUAGCAAGCGUUGUCCCGAACGUCUCGCGUGUUCUAGGGGCAGACUUCAUCGGCAUGAUCCAGAGAAAAAUGAGGGACGAGAGUUAUCCAAAACCAGUUAUACAAGGCGGAUUGCCCCCUGAAGACAAGGUCAUUGCAUUUCUAUUGCUGAUCAACAACCUUGACGUCGCGAACGACUAUAUGAAACGCAUAGUAGAGACCCAUCUGCACAAUCGAACCGAACCUGGACCUGAUGCACCUGCGUCAUCCCUCAAGGACCUCUUUCCUUUUGGACACGACUCAGUAUUCGUCGAGAACACUCUCAAAUCUAUGGAGCAUUCAUUCACCUCGAAGACAGCCGAACUUCUGAACGACAGCAUCCAAGUCACCUUUCUCACCGUCUUGAAACCGCGCGUUCGACCUAUUCUUGCGGAUGCUUUCCGUGACAUCGAUUAUGCACCCGAGGAUGGGGGAGACGAUGAAGAGGAGAUUGAUGGCGACUAUACAGACCUGGUCAAGGCACGAUUUGAUCGUAGUUGGGGUGCUCUUAUACGACCGAUCAAGCGAAUCCUAACACCCGCGAACUCCGACCGACUUCUCAGUGUUGCGAUGAGCUAUCUUGCCAACGCACUCGAAAAACGCAUCAAGAGUUACUAUGGCAGGGUCAACGAACUAGGCGCUGUCCGACUCGAACGCGAUGUCGCCGGGAUUAUCAAUGCUGCAGUCGCAGGAGGCAAGUACAGUCUCCGUGAGCCAUUCACGAAAUGCACGCAGAUGACGUUGAUUUUGAACAUGGAGGACGAUGAGUGGGAAGAAGUCCUCAACGAACAAAACUCGGGCUCGGGGAUCGAGUGGGUGAUGGAUGCUGAAGAGAGGAAGCGAGUCAGGGCCAUUGUGAAAGGGUGAUUCACCUGGUAGAAUUGCAAAUGUUCUUGGCACUUAAUAUACUCAAACGAGGUCGCUUUGUCACGCACCUCUAGAUGCUAUACUAUCUCGUAUUAGCAGUAGCUGCUCGAUUCAUUCAUAUACCAACAAGUCUGUCCGCCUGGGCCAGCUUCC